AUGCCACCACGAUUCGGACUUGCACCCGCAUUGCUUCUCGGUGCAGUAGGCAUUCUGGUCAUUGCAUACACCCACGCCCUCCUCACACGACCAGAGGUACCCGACUGGAAGCGGGUGGAAGAUCCUCAUGCCUAUGGCUUUCCAACAUGGUACAGCGCGGCAGCCUCUCCGUACGACGCAGUCCAAGACGUACGGCCUGUCGAGCUCGACAUCCUGCUCUUCAUAGACCUCGCCCAUAACUCGUCCUCUCUACCGGAUGCGCUGUACACGUAUGACACUCUCAGUUCACGGCCAGAUAUUGUCGUCCACGUGAGCGGGCCCUUGACACCAAACUGGGACGCAGACGCGGACGCAGCACAUAAUCUCGAGAGUGCAGGCUGUCGUAGAAUCCUAUGGCGUAUCGGCGACAGCGCUGCUGACUUUGGGAACGCUUGUCUAGGUUCAGUCGUCAUCGAGUGGGCAAUGAACGUUACGGGCGCUGACAUCUGCGACAUUACGUCCCUUUCAACGACUUACCCCGGCGUCAAUGCCCGCGCCAACAUCACACUUGUUCCCGAGCCCUAUGCCAUGCUAUCGGAGGAGUCGUCCUAUGAGGCGCUCGCUGGCACGCUCGGGGAAGAGUGGAAAAUGGGACUUCUGGCGCAUGUGCUCCCUGCUGCCAACCCGGAAGUGUUCCAUCCCGCUGCGACCCGGCAUCGCGCCGUCACCUACUUCCCGCGCGUGUCUACCCCAGCGAGCGAGUAUCCUUUGCCGCCGAGAGGUUACCAGUACUCUGUCUACAAGCAGCGUCCGUAUCUCCAACCUCCUAACCCGGCAAAGGACAUUAACGUGUUCAACCGAUCCUCAGCGUUCCGACGCUCCUGGACUGCGUAUGAGGCAGAAUCUGCCUCUCAUCUGGCCCACGCCGGGAUCUGCAUCUUUGAGGGCUGGCAGGAUGGGGUUCUGGAUGCGCGAAUGGCGAGAGCAAUGCUCUCUGGAUGUAUCGUGGCGGCUGCCCCUCCCGACGUCGAGUAUGGCACGCUUUCGGAUCUCAUUCUGCCUCUCAGCAAGUCCGACGACGCGUUGCCUGCUUCCAACAUUGAGGCCGCUCUGAGUAACCUGAGUAACGCCGAGCUGGACAAGAAGGCCCUCCGCGCGUUCAUCUUCGCACGCCAGGCACUCGUCGGUCCCAUGCGCCUGUCCCAGAUCUUCAGCAUCCUCGACCGCUGGGAGCAGGGGGCACGCGGAUAUCUCGUCUGGUCAUCGAUACCGUCCAAGGGUUACUUUGUGGCCUCGCAACUGACUAUUCGUCCUAAUCCCCAUUCAACAAAGUGA